UAAGACUGUGACUGUGAGGGACGAGAAUGAGGGAUUUAGGAAUCUUUCUCUCAAUUCCUUUCCUUCAUUACUUUAGUGCAACGAACUAAACUUUAGUAGGAAUACCCAAUACCUAGUAGGAAUUGGGGAUCUGCGUGGGCAGGUCUUUUUCCAGUGUCACAUGAAUCACAGGAGCAAAUUCAUUGAAAAAAGAGCAUCAAGAGUUACCUCUUGGGAUGCAGCAUUGUUGGAUGAAGAGUUAUUAAACAUCCUGAGGUCUCAAGUUCAGGCAGCCCUGAAGUACUUUCCACCAUGGAUAGUCAACCGGUUGGAAUCAAAAACGAAUAUAAUCUUGAAUUUAAUUAUAUGGAAGAUGUCUGUCUUGCAGUCUCAGAGCACAUUUGGCCAACAGAUGCUGGGCCUAAAAUACUCGCAGGAAACAUUCUCGGUUCACAAAGGAUAUGCCCUCUUAAUUCUUCAAAUGUUUGACGAUUUCUGGAAGCUGAAUUUAGAGCAAAUAUCAAACCAUUCUCCCCUUGUUAAGCAAUACGCACAUUGGGUGGAUGUUACAAUGGAUCUAAUUAAGUUAACAAAUUUUCUGGUGUUCCUGCGCAAUGGAGACCAUCCCACUCUCACCGAGCGAUUACUUGGCCUCAAAAUCGUCUCUGUUGCCCGCAGUCCUCGAAUGAUAGGAUACAAUUACAUGACCAGGGAACUACUUUGGCAUGGUUUUAUUGAAAUGCUAGGAUUUGCAUUGCCGCUAGUUAAUUAUCAAUACUUUAGAAAGAAAUUUCUUCAAGUGAUCUCAAAACCCUCUAUGAGUGCCACAGAAUCUGUGUCUUUCUCCAUCAGGUCACAAUGUUCAUUUUGCAAUGAAACGCCUAUUUUACCAGUUCAUAUUGGUUGCUCUCAUGCAUUUUGUUACUAUUGUUUAGAGUCAAACAGGAUGAUCGACAUGAAGUAUGAAUGUCCUGUAUGCUUCCAUUCUCGGGAGUCCGCCACUCGAGUUACAAGCAAAGAUUCUAUUUCAGAAGGGGUCAGCUAAUACUGAAGUAAACAGAACCAAGAUGUGAUUCCCAGGUUUUUCAAACUAUCUUUUGCAGCUCUUCGAGCAGUACAAGAAGUACAAAUUCAGUAACUGAUAAUUUAUUUCGUUAACGUUAAAAUCAUUUGUUAAAUUGUUUUUUACUGGUUUUACUGUUUGUUACUAAUUUUUUUGCAAAUAUACACUGUUUUGUUAAAGUU